UUUGUUUAGAAAUGUCAAGACGAUCCGUUUCAUUUCAUUCUGUUUGAAAAUGUAACAGUUCUCGAAAUAAAGUGAUGACAUAUUCAUGUGCUUUACGUAACAGAUCUUCAAUAUUUUGUUGUGUAAACUUAGUUCCUAUUUAGUAAAAUAUAAUUAGUUUUCUUAUAUAUUCAUAUUAGUCUAAAUAAUGAUCGGAUCGCAGAAAUUUCGUGAUCUUGAACUGGCGUAUAAAUUACACCAGGAACAACAUUGCCUCGGAAUAACCGAAAAUGCAGUUUUACCCAAAGACAAUGGUAAAGAAAAUUAUAAACCAAGGACGUUAAUUGAUCAGACUCUAGAACUGAUCGAUCCAACACCUAAUGUUCAUACGCUCUUUAUGCAAUUUAAUCAAAAGUACUUUUGGAAUGUUUUGUUGCCUGUAGAAGUCAGGUGGAGUGCUCGAAUGACCAGCUGCGCUGGCGUAUGUACAUUUCAUCCUAGAAAUCGACAAUGUGUAAUCUCAUUAAGCGCACCAUUAUUAAAACUCAGGCCGAGGAAAGAUUUAAUUGAAACUUUAUUACAUGAAAUGAUUCACGGGUAUCUAUUCCUGACAAAUAACAAUAGGGACAGAGAUGGACAUGGACCAGAGUUCUGCAAACAUAUGGAUAGGAUAAAUAGAGAAGCUGGAACCAAAAUAACUAUAUAUCACAGCUUUCAUGAGGAGGUAAAGUUGUAUCAGCAACAUUGGUGGAGAUGUAAUGGUCCUUGCCAAAAGAGAGCUCCAUAUUUUGGAAUGGUACGUAGAUCCAUGAAUCGCGCACCAGGGCCGAAUGAUUUUUGGUGGCAGGAACAUAAGUAUAAUUGUGGUGGUCAGUAUAUUAAGGUUAAAGAGCCAGAGAACUACAAAGGAAAAGGUUCAAAAAAUAAACCAAAUGAAAAACCUGUUAUUCAAAACGACAAGACAUCAGAUGUCCUUAAUUGGCUUCUAAAAACUCCAUCAUCUAAAACUGAACAGAAAGCAACGUUCACUCCAACUAAUAUCAAAUCAAAUACAAAUGCGUUCAAGAAGCUUGGAAAUGGUACGAACAAUGUUCACGGUUGGGGUACAGGAGGUCCAAAUAGUUUGCAAAAGAAUAGUAGUAUCAGUAAUACUAAAACUCCUACUGGACCAUCAGUCUCCCGUUCAGGAGUUCUUGGUGGUUCCAAUUUAGGACGCAGCAAUUUGUUGGACAAACUGUAUAACAAUAAUGGAUCACCUACUAGUACUGCGUUAUCGAAGAAAACCUUCAGUUCAUCGACUAAUAUAAACGUGAACAUAAACGUUAAGAUUGGGAUGGAAACUGGACCAGUUGUUAAUACUAAACGAUCAAAUGACAUACAAAUAAAACACAAAUUGGUAGAAUGUCCAGUGUGCAGUAAGUUUGUAUCAGACGAUGAAAUAAACACACAUGUGGAUUCUUGUUUAAUGAGAACGAAUAAAAGUACUGAAACUAAAGAAAAAAAUAGAAAUAAUGACGUUAAUUGCCAAGGACGAGGUAAUUCUUUGAUAGGACAAAAGAGAAAAAAUAGUACGGACGCAUGUCCAUGCACGCAACCAAAAUUGUGCAGAAACCAAAAUAAUGAAGUGUGCGGUUCUAAGAAAGCAAAUUGUCCUAUUUGCAAUAAAAAUUACGAUCUCGCUGAUAUAAACGAACAUCUUGAUAAGUGCCUCUUAGAAAAAGAUGAACGAAAUAAUUCCAUUAUUAUAAUAGAUGAUGAAGAGAAUAUGAACAGAAAUAUUCCUUUUGAUAACAAUGAUCCUUUAUCUACUUCUCCAAUUCUUGCAGGAAGUAAAGAUUUUCGCUCUUCUCCAAUGAAAUUUGAUACAAUCAUUAAAACCACACACUCUUGUUUAGUGUGCAAUCAACUUAUUCCUAUUGGAACAUCGUUGAAUGAUCAUUUAGAGGAUUGUAUUGGAAAUGUUUUCAAUGAUGAGUCAACUUUACUAAUGGAAACUGAUAAUAACGAAACAUUGCUUUUUGAAAAAUCGAACAACCAUGAUGAGUCAACUUUACUAAUGGAAACUGAUAAUAACAAAACAUUGGUUUUGGAAGAACCGAAAAAGCAGGAUCAUAAAUAUCCUUGUCCUGUUUGUAUGCAGCUAAUAACAGACAUUCUAAUGAACGAACAUUUAGAUGUAUGUCUAGCAACAAGGUAAAUUUAAUAAUCAAAGCAUAAUGUUCCUGUGUGAUUUAUAUUAAUUAAUAAGUACAUUUGAUA